AUGGCCAACCAUCACCACAACAACACCAAACAAUCCAAAAACUCUCGUAGAAGAAGAUACUCUAACAAUGAUGGUGAUUCAGAAUCAUCGCCCGCUGUUAGACAACGUCGUGGAAGUAAGAACAAGGAUAACAAUGUCCAUAACAAUAUCAAGGAAUUACUUGCUGCUUCAACCACCUCUUCUCAACCAUCUUCAUCCGUUGAAACAAUUGAAACCAUCAUCCCAUCAACAACCUCUCCCUCCACCCAACAACAAACCAUCAUCCCAUCCAAAUAUUCCCAAUACUUUGGUUUAGAGGAAGGCGAAUUUGUCGAAGCUUUUUCAUCGGUCAUUCAUGAAAUUUCCUCUCAAGGCGAUACCAUUCCUGCAGAAGCUCAACAAAAGACUCGCUUCCAUACCCAUCAACCUCCCAAUAUUUCUCUCUCCAAAUAUUUGGAUAGAAUUGUCAGGUUUGCUUUCUGUUCUGCCGAAUGUUAUAUUUUGAGUUUGGUUUAUAUGGAUCGAUUGGUUCAAUCCAAUCCAAACUUUGUGAUUAGCAGCCUUUCAAUUCAUCGCUUACUCAUAACUAGCAUUAUGGUCGCUGCCAAAUUCUUUGAAGACAAGUUCUAUAACAAUGAGUAUUACGCCAAAAUUGGUGGCAUUGAGAAGGAGGAGAUGAAUAGACUAGAGAUUGAUUUUCUCUACAUGAUCAACUUCUCUCUUCAUUUCCAACCUCCAGAGUUUGAGCAAUACAAGGAUGAAUUUAUUGUCUUGCCAGCUCUCGAGAAGAGAAAGCAAAAUAUUGAGAACUUGUCAUCUCAUCACCAAAAAGAAAACCAAUUGAUGCCUGAUGUUCAUAAUGGCGAAAUGGUGAGUGAAAAGUGUGUUGGUGAUGAAAAGAAGAGUCGAAAGUCGAACAAGAGCAAACACACGGAACAACUUGAUAACACAAGCUGCUCUCCCAAGCUGGAAGUCAAGAGAGAAGUUUCAGAACCAAAUCCUGCAAGCACCACGACAUCACCAACGUCUUCAUUUCUGUCACAACUUUCUUCCUUCAUGAGCAAGGUUUCGCUUUCUGUUGCUUAUUAG